UUCAAGAUUCGACAGUGAGCUCAGCCACAUCACAACAUAACCAUGACCAGUUUCACCAAUUUCUACGAAACCUGGUUCGAGCAGCUACACCACCUGGUCCACCAGCUAGUAGCGGCGCACCGUCCUCCGACGACCCCAGACCACAACUACGACCUAGAACACCUCGUCAACAAAGUCAUGUCCCACUACACUGAAUACUACCAAGUCAAGUCAGUCGCCGCCGAGAGCGACGUCUUAUCCGUGUUCGCCGCACCAUGGGCCACAACACUCGAGCGCUCUCUCCACUGGAUGGCCGGGUGGCGCCCCACCACCGUCUUCCACCUUAUCUACUCAGAAUCCUCCAUCCUCUUCGAGUCCCACAUCAUCGACAUCCUCCGCGGUCUCCGUACCGGAGACCUCGGCGACCUCUCUCCCUCCCAGUUCCGCCGCGUCAGCGAGCUCCAAUGUGAGACGGUGAGAGAAGAGAAUGGGAUCACGGCCGAGUUCUCGGAGUGGCAAGACAGCGCGAGCGAGCUGAUGAAUGUGAGCGCGAAUGUGAGUGAGAAGAUCGGACGGUUGGUGAGUGUUUUGAGAAAAGCUGAUGAUCUACGGCUGAGAACGAUUCAGAGGGUUGUUGAGCUAUUGACGCCGCAGCAAGCGGUGGAGUUUCUCAUCGCUGCCGCUGAGUUGCAGUUCGGUGUUCGUGCCUGGGGAGUCAAUCACGACCGUCAACGCGAGAAUAUUCAAUAACGAGAUUAAAAAAAAAAAUUUGGGUAGAGUGGAUCACGGACGUCCGUUUUUUAUGGUAAAAUUGAUCGAACGGUGUGAGAUCAUGGCAAGUUUGAUCGUUUCUGGUAUUAUUUCUAACCGCUUGUGUUUUAGAUUUCUUCUUCGUGUAAAAUCUUAAAAUGAAAAAUAAAUAAAUUUAAUUUGUUUUAGAUUUUGGACUUACUUAAAG